AUGUUGUCAUUUGUUCGUCGGGGAGCUCUCUCCCUCGCUCUCGUUUCGCUGUUGACCUCGUCUGUCGCCGCCGAGGUCUUCGAGAAGCUGCAUGUUGUGCCCGAAGGUUGGAGAUAUGCCUCCACUCCUAACCCCAAACAACCCAUUCGUCUUCAGAUCGCUCUGCAGCAGCACGAUGUCACCGGUUUCGAACAGUCCCUCUUGGAGAUGUCGACUCCCGACCAUCCCAACUACGGAAAACACUUCCGCACCCACGAUGAGAUGAAGCGCAUGCUUCUCCCCAAUGAAAAUGCCGUUCACGCCGUCCGCGAAUGGCUGCAAGACGCCGGAAUCAGCGACAUCGAAGAAGACGCCGAUUGGGUCCGUUUCCACACCACCGUGGACCAGGCCAACGACCUCCUCGACGCCAACUUCCUCUGGUACGCGCACAAGAGCCAUCGUAACACGGCGCGUCUCCGCACUCUCGAGUACUCGAUCCCAGACUCUAUUGCGCCGCAGGUCAACGUGAUCCAGCCAACCACGCGAUUCGGACAGAUCCGUGCCAACCGGGCUACGCAUAGCAGCAAGCCCAAGGGUGGGCUUGACGAGUUGGCUAUCUCGCAGGCAGCUACGGCGGAUGAUGAUAGCAUUUGUGACCAGAUCACCACCCCACACUGUCUGCGGAAGCUGUACAAUGUCAAUGGCUACAAGGCCGAUCCCGCUAGUGGUAGCAAGAUCGGUUUUGCUAGUUUCCUGGAGGAAUACGCGCGGUACUCUGAUCUGGUACUGUUCGAGGAGAACCUGGCACCGUUUGCGGAGGGUGAGAACUUUACUGUCGUCAUGUACAACGGCGGCAAGAAUGACCAGAACUCCAAGAGCGACAGCGGCGAGGCCAACCUCGAUCUGCAGUACAUCGUGGGAAUGAGCGCGGGCGCGCCCGUGACCGAGUUCAGCACCGCCGGUCGCGCACCCGUCAUCCCGGACCUGGACCAGCCCGACCCCAGCGCCGGUACCAACGAGCCGUACCUCGAGUUCCUGCAGAACGUGCUACACAUGGACCAGGAGCACCUGCCGCAGGUGAUCUCUACUUCCUACGGUGAGAACGAACAGACCAUCCCCGAAAAGUACGCCCGCACCGUUUGCAACAUGUACGCGCAGCUGGGCAGCCGCGGUGUGUCGGUGAUUUUCUCGUCGGGCGACUCCGGCGUCGGCUCUGCCUGUAUGACCAACGACGGUACAAACCGCACCCACUUCCCCCCGCAGUUCCCGGCGUCCUGCCCCUGGGUGACAUCGGUCGGGGCCACUGAGAAGAUGGCCCCCGAGCAAGCGACAUAUUUCUCCUCGGGCGGCUUCUCUGACCUCUUCCCGCGCCCAAAGUACCAGGACGCUGCUGUCAGCAGCUACCUUCAGACCCUCGGAUCCCGGUACCAGGGCUUGUACAACGGUUCCAACCGUGCAUUCCCUGACGUCUCGGCGCAGGGUACCAACUUUGCUGUGUACGACAAGGGCCGUCUAGGCCAGUUCGAUGGUACUUCUUGCUCUGCUCCCGCGUUUAGCGGUAUCAUCGCCUUGCUCAACGACGUCCGUCUCCAGAACAACAAGCCCGUCCUGGGCUUCUUGAACCCCUGGUUGUAUGGCGCUGGGAGCAAGGGCCUGAACGACGUCGUGCACGGUGGCAGUACAGGAUGCGAUGGACAGGAGCGGUUUGCAGGAAAGGCCAAUGGAAGCCCCGUCGUGCCGUACGCUAGCUGGAAUGCUACGCAAGGCUGGGAUCCAGUCACUGGCCUUGGAACGCCGGAUUUCGGCAAGUUGAAGGAUUUGGCUCUGUCGGCUUAA